GCCGCUAGUGCCGGCCCUGACACAUUCGACAAGCGGCACCGUAACGGGAAGCAACGUGCGACUGGGGACCUCGAAGGACCUCUCUGCUGGUCACGAGACACGUUUGCAACGUUUUGGUGGCAACGAUAAUACGCACCAGAGUGCUACCGGCAAGUGCUCAGAUUACCAUCGUACAUUACGUUUGUGUCUCAAACCUCAUCUGGUACAGGGAUCAUAGAACAAUUUGGAAGAAGGACACCUUUGGGAAAGCAUUCAGGAGGCAGCCGAUGACAUCCCUCACAAGAUCUACGAACAUAUGCCGCAUAUGUCGUACAGAGUGAUACGUCAGUGAUAAAGAUCCGCGGACCGACAGAGGACAAGGGACACGAUUCUGCGCGAGCAAGUGAGAACAGUGUGCAUUGUGAGACAGCAACGUGGCCCUUAGUGCGCGCUCGUAUCGCGAACUCGUGGCACGCACGUUCGGACGCAUGUGCACCGGCACGCGGUCGGUGCGCCCGGCUUGACGGUGCAGUCCGGAAAGACGCGACACCAUCAGUGGUGAGCGGACGUUCAUGCACCGCCACGGGUUGCCGGCCGCUAACGUUCCAGUGAUAAUGAUUCAUGCGCGUUUAUAAAGAAACGUGGCACCGGGCGUACCCGCUCUGACGGAGAGACAACCGGUGGAGUCUCCCGUGGAGACGCGAAGGGGCGACGAAGGUUUCUGUAAAGAUUGGCAACGCGAAGGAGGAAGCCUGUUGCCCCAAGAGAGUCCGUACGGCCUCACCACGCGGUCCGACGAGUGGAGCAGUCUCCUGCCCAGCUCCACAAUCGUGGGUGCUGGGGGGUCGCCAUGGCUCGGACUCGGAGGGGGUGGUACCGGGGCUACCACGGGGGGCGGAAGUCCCGUCGAGCUCGAGGGCCACUGGGGACGUAAGCUGUACAGCGCGAGUGUGGCACCACCACCCCCGCCGCCUCAUCAUCAUCCGCGAGCGCCGUUGGUUUUCGCGCCUCAAGAUAUGAGGCAGAUACUGAAGGAGGAACCUGUGCCACGUGCUUGGCCGCAGCCCGCGCUCGCCGAUAACGGAGCGGUUGGCGUGGGUCGGGCGCAUUUCGAGAAACAACCGCCGAGCAAUCUGAGGAAGAGCAAUUUUUUCCAUUUCGUAAUCGCCCUUUACGAUCGACAUGGCCAACCGAUCGAGAUCGAGAGAACGUCGUUCAUGGGCUUCGUCGAGAAGGAUCAGGAGUCUGAGGGCCAAAAAACGAACAAUGGUAUUCAGUACAGUCUGCAUUUACUCUAUUCCAAUGGUGUCAGGCAAGUGCAGGAUAUCUACGUUAGGCUUAUAGACUCCGCGACAAAACAAGCAAUCAUGUACGAGGGACAAGAUAAGAAUCCGGAAAUGUGUCGUGUUCUGCUGACGCAUGAGGUCAUGUGCAGCCGAUGCUGCGAUAAGAAGAGCUGCGGCAACAGGAAUGAAACGCCCAGCGAUCCCGUCAUCAUCGACCGAUUCUUCCUCAAGUUCUUUCUCAAGUGUAACCAAAACUGCCUCAAGAACGCCGGCAAUCCACGAGACAUGAGACGCUUCCAGGUGGUCAUAUCUACGCAAGUGGGAGUGGAAGGACCAUUACUAGCGGUCUCGGACAAUAUGUUCGUCCACAACAACAGCAAGCAUGGACGCAGGGCGAAACGUUUGGACCCCAGUGAUCCUGGCGAGUACAAUAGUUUAUAUCCGCCAAUACCUCUCCAAACGCCGUGCAUAAAAGCGAUAUCGCCUAACGAAGGUUGGACGUCGGGUGGAUCCACCGUCAUAAUCAUCGGUGAAAAUUUCUUCGAUGGAUUGCAAGUAGUUUUCGGAUCGAUGCUAGUUUGGAGCGAGUUCAUCACCCCACACGCCAUCAAGGUGCAGGCACCGGCGCGGCAGAUACCCGGAGUCGUUGACGUCACGUUACAUUACAAAAGCAAGCAAUUCUGUAAAGGAGCGCCCGGUAGAUUUGUCUAUGUUUCGGUAAACGAACCCACGAUCGACUACGGCUUCCAAAGGUUACAGAAACUCGUUCCGCGGCACCCCGGUGACCCCGAAAAGCUACCAAAGGAGAUAGUACUAAAGAGGGCGGCGGAUCUAGCGGAAGCCAUUUAUAGUAUGCCCAAGAGUGGAAACAUGGGGAUCACGGGGGCGCCCAGAAGUCCGGGUUCAGUGCACGCACCCGCACCUCCUACAUCAAGUUCGGCAACGGCCUUUAAUUCGUAUACGGGGCAACUUGCGGUGACGGUGCAGGAGAAUGGCAGCGCGGCAAAAUGGACGGAUGACGGUAGUUCCGUGACAACAGGAGCUGCUGCUGAUGGCGGAGGCGGCGGCGGCGGCGGCGGCGGCGGCGGCGGCGGCGGUGGUGGCAGCGGUGGUAGUGUCGGAACCAACGUUGGCGGCAGCGCCGACGCCUAUAGACAAAGCAGUAGUGCGAGUCCACGUGGUGUCGUAACUGGCGGUGGUUAUUGCGGUAGUUCAGCCAGCACACCACACAGUCACAGUACUAACGGAAGUUAUUCUGUCGCCAAUCCGUACACCGGCAGCCCAACUCUUUAUACCUCGCGACUAGGAGAGGUGGUCGGAUCACCAUUCAACAUGAAUCCAUUUAUGUUGCCCACCUGCAACCAAGGAUACUCAGCCGCUGCCAGUCCGCUGCUUUCGUCAAACGGCAAAUAGUGCUACGAGAUGUAAGCUCCGACGAGAAUGUCAUGGACCGUUAACUUUCGCGGAGAUAUUGUACGAUCCCGCAAAUUAAUAUAUGCGUUCAAAUUUGAAUAAUUAUGCAUAACCAAUAUCAGCGUAAACAAUAUCAAAUAAUUAUCGCAUCGGCGUACGUACAUUGCCUUCGCGAAUUCAAUUUGCUUGCAGUUCUUUUUCUUUUCUGCUAUUCUUGCGGUAAAAAAGAAAAAAGACUGCAUACGGCUUCAUUUUCGUCGGAGUUAAAGUCGACAAUUUCAUAAGGAAUCAGGCAAAUCAGUGCAAAAAUUUAAAACAACUUGCUACGAUCACCGAUGAUCGCGUUAGUUAAGAAACGAUACAUAUCGAACAACGAGAAGGUGUUUUUCUAUAAUCUAACCGUUCGAUCAAAAGAUGGUUCAAAUAAUUAUUAAAAAAUUUAGUUGAAAAACGCUGUUUUUUGUUUUAUUUUAAAACAGUUCUAAUAACUUAUAAUUGAUAUUAAAUUUUUAUACAAAUGUGAUAAUUUUAAUUAAUCUACAUUGAUAUUAGGAAACGUGGCUAUAAUACAAUUUAUGCCAUUUCCUGUUACAUUAUUUCGAUUUUAUUCCAUGUAUUAUAAUUGAAUUCAUUAUUAAUGAUUUAAAAAU